AUGACAUCUUCACUUAUUGAAGGUGGACACGAUGAGGCUAAACACGAGCCGUCCGAUUUGAUCGCAGAGAAAAUGAAUCCUACGGUUGUAAACCUUUUGCUUCCGAAUGAAACGUUCUUGAAAGCUGCAGUUUCUCUGAAAGACGAGGUGGUGGAGGUGAAUUGGAAUCGGCGAGAAGUGGUUGAUCCGACGGUGUAUACGGGUUUGCUUGGCACGGCUUUCACUUGCCUGAGGUCGUUUGAGGUUACCGGUUGCCGUGAGGAUUUGUUGUUAUGCUCGGAGAUAAUUGACACGUGCGUCACUGUCGCACGUGCCUCCCUCAGACACGUGACAUUUUUGUGUGGUAGAGGAGGAGUAUGCGCCCUUGGAGCUGUCGUUGCUAAUUACAUGGGGGACCUUCCAAAACGUGACCUGUUUUUGGGUCUAUUCAUUGAGGUUGCAAAAGAAAGAGCUCUUCCUAUUGGACCAGAGGAAGGUGGAUUGGGAAUGUCAUAUGAUCUCCUGUACGGACGAGCUGGAUUUUUAUGGGCCGCAUUAUUUGUAAACAAGCACCUAGGAGAAGACGUAGUGCCCAAAGACAUUCUAAUGCCUAUUAUUGAUGCAGUAUUGGCCGGCGGUAGAGCCGGUGCGUCUGAUAUUAAAGACUGUCCAUUAAUGUAUAGAUGGCAUGGGACUAGAUACUUAGGUGCGGCAAAUGGUCUCGCUGGUAUUCUUCACGUGCUCCUUCAUUUUCCACUUCGAAGUGAAGAUGCCGAGGAUGUAAAGGGAAGUUUGAGAUAUUUGAUAAGUAAACGUUUUCCUCAUAGUGGAAAUUAUCCAUCAAGUGAAGGGAAUCCAAGAGAUAAGUUAGUGCAGUGGAGUCAUGGUGCAACUGGGAUGGCCAUUACACUGUCUAAAGCAGCACAGGUUUUUCCAAAUGACAGAGAACUACGAGAUGCAGCAAUAGAAGCGGGAGAAGUUGUGUGGAAAAGUGGAUUAGUGAAGAAAGUGGGACUAGCUGACGGUGUAUCUGGAAAUGCCUACGCAUUUCUUUCACUCUACAAACUAACUAAAGAUAGUAUAUAUGAAGAGAGGGCAAAAUCAUUCUCUUGUUUUUUGUAUGAAAAUGCUAGAGCUUUGGCAGCUGAGGGGCAAGGUCUUACUGGUGGGAAAGACUACUCUCUCUUCCAUGGACUUGCUGGGACAGCAUGUCUUUGGUUUGAUUUGAUUGCACCUGAUAACUCAAGGUUUCCGGGAUAUGAGUUAUAG